UAAAAACUUACAAGCCGGCAAUAAACUUCAAAGAAGAAGAACACUUGCAGUCCAAACAAAGCAGGCCUGAAGAGAAAGCUUCUGUCUUUUAACAUACCAUUUUAAUUGAGCUGGUGGAGGUUUGCACAUUUCAGGAAGAUAAUCAGCUGACGUUACGUACGGGAUAAAAUUACCAUGGCAUCUAAAACGAAAGUUGGAAAAGUUAAUUCCAAAAACAAGGAAGAUGCUCCUCAUGAACUGGAAAGCCAGUUCAUUUUGCGGCUACCUCAGGAGUAUGCUUCUACAGUGAGACGAAUUGCCCAGUCUGGCAGUGUAAAUCUUAAGGACAGACUUACUAUUGAGUUGCAUGCGGAUGGCCGUCAUGGAAUCGUUAGGGUGGACCGUGUCCCUCUAGCCUGUAAAUUAGUAGAUUUGCCCUGCAUCCUGGAGUCCUUAAAAACCGUUGACAAGAAGACCUUUUAUAAAACUGCCGAUAUCUGUCAGAUGUUGGUGUGCACUUUGGAUGGAGACCUUUAUCCUCCUUUAGAGGAGCCCACUGGGACUGUAGACUCCAAAGCCAAGAAAAAGGAUAAGGACAAGGACAAGAAGUUCAUCUGGAAUCAUGGCAUAACCUGCCCUCUGAAGAACACAAGGAAAAGGCGAUUUAGAAAAACAGCGAAGAAGAAGUACAUUGAGUCUCCAGAUGUGGAAAAAGAAGUGAAGAGGCUCCUAAGCACAGACGCUGAAGCAGUUAGUGUCCGAUGGGAAGUGAUUGCUGAGGAUGAGACAAAAGAAACUGAUAAUAAUUUAUCGCUGUCCAAUUUGGACUCCUCACCUGGAACCUCUGGACACAAGGGCCACGACUCUUCAGUCCCACAUGAUGAGUUGCGAGAGAUAUUUAAUGACAUCAGCAGUAGCAGUGAAGAUGAGGAUGAUGAAGGUGACCGGCAUGACGAUGAAGACCUAAACAUUAUGGAUACAGAGGAUGACAUGGUGGGUCGUCUUAACGAGAAGCUUAACGAAUCUGAUGGGGGAAGAGACGAGAACAACAGAAACAACCAAAUAGUGAUGGAGUACCAGAUGCAGAUUAACAACCUCAAGGAGAAACUGCAGGAAACACGAGCACGCAAAAAGCAACAGGAGGACUUAAUUAUGAAAGUGGAGAAUCAGGCCUUAAAGACCCGGUUUCAAGCUCUACUUAAUGACUUUAUCCAUCAAGAAGAACGUGAAAUGGAAAAGCUAACUUCCCUGCAAGAGCAGCUGGACUCACUGAUCGAGAAAUGACCUACAGAGGGCAGUGCAAUCUCAACUUACCGCUGAAUAAACAGUGCUAUAAAUGUUAAUUAAUGGAUUUAGUCUUGUGCUGUUAAAUGUUAAUCUAGACUUGGACUGUGGUAUUUUGUUAAUAUUAUUAUGGACUGUCUUUUGGACUUCAUAAAAUGUUAAUGUUUUUGUUUUUAAGGAUAAAAUGGUAAAUGCUUUGGUGGUAUUUAAAAAAAAUCUUAGAAUGAGGGUGUCCAGUCAAUAAGGAUCAAUGUGCAGUAAGUAUCUACUGGUUAUGUAAUCUUUCCUAUUUCCUAUUAGUCUCUAGUCUAGUAAAACCUGCCUAUUUUCUA